GGCGACGGUGGCGGCGGCGGCAGCAGUGGGUUAGGUUGCGUGCGGUGCACGGGGUGGGAGCGGAGCCCAGGCUGGGAACAGGCGCCGCAGCCAGUGAGAACCGGGGUCCAGAACAGGGCGGGGAUUGCCUAGGGCUGAGCCCCGGGCGAACAGGGCCUGACCUCCGCCCUCUGACAUCUUUCGCAGACGACCAUGGGGAACGUUUUGGCUGCUAGUUCGCCGCCCGCAGGCCCGCCGCCGCCGCCUGCGCCAGCCCUCGCUGAUGACGGGGCCUGCGGCUGCCUGCCCAACCCGGGCACGUUCGAAGAGUGCCACCGGAAGUGCAAGGAGCUGUUUCCGAUUCAGAUGGAGGGUGUCAAACUUACAGUCAACAAAGGGUUGAGUAACCAUUUCCAGGUGAACCACACGGUAGCCCUCAGCACAAUCGGGGAAUCCACCUACCACUUCGGGGUCACAUACGUGGGCACAAAGCAGCUGAGUCCCACAGAGGCCUUCCCCGUGCUGGUAGGCGACAUGGACAACAGCGGCAGCCUCAACGCCCAGAUCAUUCACCAGCUUGGUCCCGGCCUCAGGUCCAAGAUGGCCAUACAGACACAGCAGUCGAAGUUCGUGAACUGGCAGGUGGAUGGGGAGUACCGGGGUGCAGACUUCACUGCAGCCAUCACCCUGGGGAACCCAGACGUCUUGGUGGGCUCAGGCAUCCUCGUGGCCCACUACCUCCAGAGCAUCACACCGUGUCUGGCCCUGGGCGGAGAGCUGGUCUACCACCGGCGGCCCGGGGAGGAGGGCACCGUCAUGUCCCUAGCUGGGAAAUACACACUAAACAACUGGCUGGCCACAGUGACGUUAGGCCAGGCGGGCAUGCAUGCAACGUACUACCACAAAGCCAGUGACCAGCUGCAGGUGGGCGUGGAGUUCGAGGCCAGCACAAGGAUGCAGGACACCAGUGUCUCCUUCGGGUACCAGCUGGACCUGCCCAAGGCCAACCUCCUCUUCAAAGGCUCCGUGGACAGCAACUGGAUCGUGGGUGCCACACUGGAGAAGAAGCUGCCUCCGCUGCCCCUGACGCUGGCGCUCGGGGCCUUCCUGAACCACCGCAAGAACAAGUUCCAGUGCGGCUUCGGCCUCACCAUCGGCUGAGCUUGGGCGCCUCAGAUCCCGCCUCCGCCCCCUCUUUUCCCUCCCUCCUGGGGUCGGGGUUAGCGGAAAGGAGGGGGCCACCACCCCGCAGCUGAGGAGGGGUCCCGGGACCGAGGGUUCUGAGCGCAAAGGGCAGCAAGCCCAGUGGGCCUGGGUUGCCCGAGGGGAUUCGGCGUCCUGCAGCAUGGAUCCUGAGCCUCAGGGCGGAGGCGGCAGCACAACCUCAGGGAGAAGUGGCGAUGUCCCCGCCGGCCCUGCGGAGCCAGCUGAGGGGCAGCAAGAGGAGCUCCCCGCCGUCAGCCCGCCCCGCCCGCUCUCCCUUCUACUCCUCGGUAUAAAUCAUGUUUAUAAGUUAUGGAAGAACCGAGACAUUUUACAAAAAAAAAAAGAAAAAGAAAAUACAAAAAAUAUACGUGAAACAAAAAACUAGAUGGGAGGCUUGCUUUUCUCCUGGGUCCUCGGGCGUUGCUGCCGCUGCUUCCCUUGCCCACCGGGGGCGCCAGCGCCGCAAGAGCGGUUCCUGACGCCGGGUUUAACAGGCGCUCUG